GUGCGUGUUUUGUCAACAAAGGUCGGAGUCAAAACAAUCCGAAAGUUUGCCGUGCCGCUUAGAAAGUGAUUUGGAAAUUAGAGAAAAUAAUCAUUAUUUAAAAGUGUUUAAUAGUUGUUAUUAUGUAAACUAUUGAUUAAGCACCUAAUAUAACAGUGAAUAAAGUGAAUUCUCAGUUUUAUCCUACCACCGCCAGACUUCGGUGUCCUGCUCGAGAGGUGCGUGUGGACGAUUGAUAGUGUUAUCAAGAAAUUGUACCCGGAUUCCCUCGGCGACAUCGCAGGAAGUGCGAUCAUUAUCCAGGCAGGUGGUAUCUAUUCCGAUUCCGAGUGUGAUGGGAACCAACGCGAGCCGCUCCUCCAAUCUGCAUUCUUCUGCACCCGGCAGACAAGAUAGUAAGAAGCCUUCUGGUGCCGAACCCCCCAGCGGCACCAUGAGCGUGGAGAACAAGGCCGAACUGGUGGCUAAGCUGACUCCACUGCAGUACCACGUGACCCAGGAGGCCGGCACCGAGCGCCCCUUCACCGGCAAGUACAACAAAUUCUACGAAAAGGGAACUUACAUCUGUGUGGUGUGCAGCCAGGAGCUGUUCAGCUCGGACACGAAAUACGACUCCGGAUGCGGUUGGCCGGCGUUCAACGAUGUGCUCGACAAGGGCAAGGUGACGCUUCACGCCGACGCGAGCCUAGCCGGCCGCAUGCGGACCGAGGUCAGGUGCUCUAAAUGUGGCGCCCACAUGGGCCACGUGUUCGAAGAUGGACCGGCGCCGACUCGCAAACGGUAUUGUAUAAAUUCGGCAUCGAUAGAGUUCAUGCCUGCUGGAUCGGAACGCAAAGAUCAGCCAUAAUCUAGCUAGACGAGGCGUCGUAGGGCACAGAACUGAGGUAAGAACCGGUGGACAUAUUUAGGAGGUAUUCGCGUUUCGAUGAUAGAUGGAAGCUAUAAGGUUCGAAAACUCGUAAAAUCACCCAGAGUUUCAAAAGGAAGGUUUAGUGAUAGCACAACCUUUCCACUUUUCACUGCAAACAGAUUGCAAGCGAUAGACACACACUGGUGUUGUCGUACUCUUACGUUAUUUGUUCUUUAGUUUCUGUUGGAUUUCUUAAGUGACUGUAACUUAUUCUUUAGUGACUCAAAUCAGAUAACUUAACGUGCUGUAAAUUUACCUCGUUCCUCAAUGUACUUUUUACCACACACACACAAACACUCUUUCUAUACGAUAUUUAAAGACUAAUCGUAGAUAUUUUUGCAGCAUUGUAAAAAUUUACUCGAUAAACUAAAAACAAAACAUACCGUCAAAAGCAGCAAGCAAUAAUUAAAUAUUCUGCUACUUAGGAAGAUUGUCUAACAAAUUUUAUGAAAACAUAAAGAUAUGAAGCCAAAUACUAA